AUGUCGAAUACCUUCAAUCUGCUCAGGAGUCCGGGUGGUAUCGACCUCGUUCCCGAGGUUUGCUUGAGGGUUGCGGAACAUGCGAUUGACGAAGAUCCGAAGGCCGCGGCAGUCUUACUUGGUGUUUCCAAGGUCAAUGAUAAUCUCCCAUUGCAACUGAGACAUCAGUCGUUCCGGUCUUUACUUCAAUCAUACGAAACGUCAAUUACGAAGGCACUCUCCAAGCAUGACGACCGUCUCAUCUACGUCAAUUCCUCAGAACCAUUGGUAUUUUCUUCACGUAUACCUCCUCGCGACGCCAUCGUAUAUUCUCUUACAUACGAAUGGUACCUAGAAAUGCGGACACGGAGUUCCCAGCUCGAGUAUCUCACAGACCAUGAAAUAACUCACAUGGACGACGACAGGAACGGCUGGCCUACGCUCGACGUACCUAAAGGGGAGCUUCGACAGCGUGUGAGGGCGUUCAAAAAGCGGGCAUUUUGCCUGCUAUAUAGGUUGGCGGAUUGUACAGCAGGAGUCGAUGGCACGCAUAGUAUCCGUGCCGCGCAGGCACAAUUCCUAGAAUGUCUCAACGAAAUGGAACUCUCUGCCCUUGGGUGUUUGGUGGAGGUCAUCGGCCAAGGUUUCUUCAAUAUCACCAAGAAGGCGCUUCUUGCCUCCCCUCCUACGAGUCUGGGUAGCAGCAGCACACGUAUCGCUCCUGCAUCAUCGAGUUCCCAGCCUGAAGUAACUUCCCCGACCUUAUGGAAUGAUCCGAGUAGUGACAACUUAACUCGAGAGCGCAUGUGUGUGUUCGAGGACAGGAUUCAGCGGUAUGGCCCUUAUUUCGCGUGGUCGUAUGUAGCCGAUUCGAAGAAUCGCAACCGAAAACACAAACUUUGGGCGGAGUCGGAGCUCCAACAUGGGCUAGACGACAUGAACGCUUUUGAACUUGGAUAUACUAUGUCAUAUGCGAGUUUGCAGAGCGUGGUUUGGAAGGUGUUUUGCAGGAAGACUAAUUGUGCGCUUCAAGAUAGCUGGAAUGAGGCUAGAAAGUUGGUAGAGUCAGGCAUGUGA